AAAAAAACUCUCCUCCACUCUCCACUUCCUUCCAUAUUUCUCCCCUGAUUCAGGGAAGCAGGUUCAGUGGUGGAGCAGAACAGGGCUGAGAGCACAUACAUGGGAGUAUAACUGUCCUCACUCCUUUGCUGUUCUGUCCCUUCCGAAGAUCACACAGUCACUGACUCCUGUUGGUCAUCAUUUCUCCUUUGGCUAAUUGUGCUCCUGUUUGUAUCUGUGUCAUCACGCCAGGUUCCCCAGCAUUGCUUAAUGCUGUGGUCUAUUUUCAUAAUCAUUGUUUUGUCUGAGACCUGCCCUGCCUGCAGGGCAUUGGUUUAAUCCCCAUUGGUUUAAUCUCCACUGGUUUAAUCCCCACUGGUUCGCACUCUUUUUCCACUCCUCCCCCUUAUCCUACGUACUUCCUUUUCCACCCUACCACUUCCUUCCUGGAAAGUAUAAAUGCAGAUUCUUUUCUCAAUAAACAUCGGAUUGUUUUCCCGCUCAGCCAUGAGUUCCUAGUCGUCUCUCUCCAGCCUGCAAAGCUAGUCCAGCAGACUCCCUCUUCCAAAUAAUCAUUCCCUCAACACUAGACCUUGGGACCCUAAAUACAGUUGUGUCUCACUAUCUUGGGAGCCCCACAACAUGAAGUGGCAGCUGCAUAGUGGAGGACUGGAAACCUAUUGCACAAUUAACCCACACUCCCUGAGUUGACAGCUCCCACUUUCUGUUUCAUCUGCCUUCUCCUCCACUGAGUCCACCCUGAGUAGAGGUGGGUAUGGUUGGGGAGAUGGCAGAGCACUGACUGGGAUUCUAUGAAGAAACUUCAGGAUUUCACAAAAGGAAGAAUGAUCUGAUCUGAUGGUGCAUGACUUUACCUCCCAUAUGCAGCCCUGGUGCUUUGGAGAGGCUCCUCCCAAAACAAGUGGGAAGGUCAGUAUCUAAAAGUAAAUAGAGAUUUAAAGGCAUAUCCACCAAGGACUCUACUGGAGCAUGAUUUGCUGGGGCUUUCACGCUUCCAGGUGAGUUAGUGCCAGCUCAGGCUCUGUGCCCUAAGCCCCUGACAGCCCCACUCACACCCCAGGCCUUCAUAUGCAUCCUAGAAUCACAAAAGUGAAGCUCAGGUCUGGGAACUUGGAGAUUCAGCUGCAGCACCUGUCUUUUAGGAUUCAGGAGUUGUGGGUACUGAGGAAGACUUUACACCUGCAUCUGGUAGAGAAACUCUAACUACCUCAGCAGGUUUGGUGACUGGAUGGAUAUAUGUUGCAUGUCUUCUUGUCCCAACAUGUUGCCAAGACUUCUCUGACUCCCUCUGCUGUUAGCAGAUGCAGGUAGGAGGUGCCAGGAGUGGCACAGUGAACAGGUACACUUUGAAUAUCAGGACCAUCUUUGCUACAAGCUGAGGCUUCCACCGGCAGGCCAGCAGGAGUGGUGGUAGUUCCUGAUCUGUGUUCAGCUCCUGCAGAGAAAGGCUGUCAUCUCCUGUGAAGCAUGUGGCUGCUGUGCAUGGUGGCCCUGGUGGGCCUGUACCACCUCGUGCGCUGGCACCGAGAGAGGCAGGUGGUGAGCCAGCUGCGAGACAAGUACGUCUUCAUCACGGGCUGUGACUCGGGCUUCGGCAACCUGCUGGCCAGGCAGCUGGACCUGCGAGGCUUGAGGGUGCUGGCGGCAUGUCUGACGGAGAAGGGGGCUGAGCAGCUGAGGGACCAGACUUCAGACAGGCUGGAGACGGUCAUCCUGGAUGUCACCAAGUCAGAGAGCAUCGCUGAGGCCACCCAGUGGGUGAAGGAGCUUGUAGGGGACAGAGGAUUGUGGGGCCUGGUGAACAACGCUGGCGUCUCAAUGCCCACAGCACCCAAUGAGUGGCUGGCCAGACAGGACUUCAUGAAGAUUAUCGACGUAAACCUGUUGGGGGUGAUUGAGGUGACCCUGAGCCUGCUGCCCCUGCUGAGGAAGGCUAAGGGCCGUGUGGUCAAUGUCUCCAGUGUCUUGGGCAGAAUAGCCAUCUUUGGUGGAGGCUACAGCAUCUCCAAGUACGGAGUGGAGGCCUUCUCAGACACACUCAGGAGGGAGAUAUCCACCUUUGGAGUGAAGGUGACUAUGAUUGAGCCUGGUUACUUCAAGACUCCUUUGACCAGUUCUGAGAAUCUAUCUGAGAACUUCAGGAAGGCCUGGGAAAAGGCCCGACCAGAGGUCAAGGAUGUCUAUGGGGAGAAGUUCUUAAAUUCUUGCAUAAAGACCAUUAAUCAGCAGGCAAAAUAUUAUAAUGAGGAUCUGUCCUUGGUGACAGACUGCAUGGAACAUGCCCUGACCUCCUGUUACCCCCGCACACGAUACUCAGCUGGCUGGGACGCCAAGUUCAUAUACCUGCCCCUGAGUUAUAUGCCCACCUUUCUGGUGGAUACCAUGGCCUCCUGGAGAUACCCAAGGCCUGCCAAGGCCCUGUAACCAAAGUCAAGGUGCAGUAUAA